AUGUUGCUUCACACUCACACCCCGUCCGCCCCCGCCCUCUCCCACGCCUUCCCUGCCCGCAACACCUACCGUUCCCCGUCCCACUCCCAUACGCUGCGCAUUGCUUCGCAUUCCCCUCUCCCCCUCACCGCACCCGCCAACCGCGGCGUCGUUUCCGCGUCUGCCUCCGCCAAGCCGUCCGCGCGCGCUACAGCCGGCCCGUCAACCGCCGACAGCUCCGGUGGCGGGAAGGAUUUCUUCGAGUCGGACGUAGUGCGCUACGGCGACCGUUACAAUCGCCCGGACCGCUUCCCGCGCCUGCGAGUCGCGGACGCGAGGCAGCGACAGGUGGACGUCAGGGAUUGGUUGCAGCGGCUGCGCGUAAGCGCCCGCGACGUCUUUAUAUGGGACGAAGGGCGGGAUAGUAGCGAAGGUGCUGCUUUACAAGCAGAGAACCACAAUAGAAUUGAUAGAGAUAAUAACGAGGGCGCCGUGGAGGGGGAAGGUGCAGGCGCGGCGGCAGCGGCGUUCCGUCUGCUGGUGGCGCAGGGACGACUGGACGAGGCGUUUCUCGCAGCGAGGGAAGCCAUGACGCAGGGACGCGCGACGUUCGCGUUUGAGCCCGUGACGCUGCUGCAGCCCGCUAGAAGCAACAGCCGUCUCUUGCACUUCGGCCCCCCUGCGACCUCCCCCCGCCCUCUCCUCUUCUCCGCGCCCAGCAGCAGUGCAGCAGCAGACCACGGGGCGUUCAUGCUGGCAGCCGUGGAGAGCGGCAACGUGGAGCUCGCCUUUGAAUACGCCGGCCUGCUGCCGCCCGCUCCCUCCCCGCCCUCCUCCUCUUCCUCCUCCUCCUCCUCCUCCUCCUCCUCCUCCUCCUCCUCCUCCUCCUCCUCCUCCUCCUCCUCCUCCUCCUCCUCCUCCUCCUCCUCCUCCUCCUCCCCCACCACACCGCUGCCCCGGGCGGCCAUGGCGAUAUACAACAUGCUGCUGGCGGCGUACGUGGUGGCGGGAGACAGCAGCGCCAUGCAGCUGGCUGUCAACACCGCCCGGCGCCGCGGGAUCGCUCCUGAUGGGCUCACGUCCGCGCUGCUGCUCGCCGCUGCUCUGCUGCACGGAGGCGAGGGUGGCACUGAUGGGUUAUCACAGCAGCAGCGGCGGCGGGAGAUAUUUGAGAGUGCAUGUGAGCAGGGGCUGGUGAGGCCAGGAGUCACACUGGAGCAAGCAGUUGCUGCUUGCUCUGUGCCCCUUGUGUGA